CCCGAAGCAGCAUCGCAGACCAUCGGGUUUUCUUCGCCGGAUCAACGACGCUGCCGCAGCUACGACGAUCCGCUGCUCGCCGCGCUGUCCGAGCAACAACGCCAGCUCCGGCUCCGCAUUUACAACGACACAUCGGCCAACACAGCGCUGCUGCGCUCUCAGCGAAACAAGAUCCUACACCAGAUCCGCACUCGCUGCUGUGACCUCGCUAACAUGGCCCUCGACGAAAAGGUUUCACGCAUCGAGGCUUCAAGCGACUCUCACAAAAUGUUCGUUGCCGUCCGCGAUCUCGCCCGCAAACCGACACAGCAGCUUCUAAUUCAAGACUCACCAGGUAAUACGGCUGACGCGGUGUGUGCCCGCAAGUGGCUGUGCGCACGGGUACAAAAGUAUCGCGAAAUCGUUCAUGUACUGGGUAUCGACUUCUCGCGCGCGUUCGACACGAUCGACCGUGCCAAACUCCUCAAAGUUCUACAGCAGUUUCUACACGACGACGAAAUCCGGCUGAUUCGACUCUUACUAUCCGACACAACGCUUUCACUCCGCAUCGGCCACCAGAUCCUGCAACCAUUCGGCAGCAACACAGGUACGCCACAG